CAAGAUUGCAAAGCCUGCAAGAGCAAGUAUGGAGUACACAACCAGUUACAGUCAAGACAACAAACGAUCUUAAAAAUCUUAACAACAAUUUCAUCAGCAAGUUACUGACACUAUUCAAAGAAAAUGAUAUACACAUAACACCUAGUAACACAGCCCUGCAAACACCAAGGAACCCCCUGCUACAUCCCAUUGAAGAAUAUACAUCACAACAAUGGUAUAUCAAAAAUAGAGUGUCACUUAAAAAACACAAACUGAUGUUUAUUGAACAA